AUGGCUACAAGUAUAACUGUUUUGAAUAGAGAUACAUCUCUCCCACCACUGCUACUACCCAAUCUAUCAUCGUCAAGGGCUUCCUUUGGUGAUUCGUUGAGUAGUGUACCAAGCUCUCGCAGUAAUAGCAGCUCCACUACAUUGAGCCGCAUAGAUUCCACUUCCUCUGCUGCAUCAUCGGUAUCCUCUACUGAUUUAUUUUUAAGUAGUCAGCAUGUUAACCUAGAACUGAAGAAGGCUAGAACAGAUGACCAUUACUAUUAUAAUCCUGCUUUUGCUGCUGCGACAUUGAGUCCCGUAUCAUCUUUGCCAAAGCCUACACAAAUGCUAGACGUUCCAACUUUAAGCACUUUGCCAUCAUUCACAAGCACGUACACCACACAUUCCCCAACCACACCUGGUGAGGUUAUUGGGUCCGCUAACAUCGGUGCCACAUUGAGCAAAUUCGAAAGUAGGGCCUUCAAGGUAUCGAAGUCUAAGAAAGCUAUACUAAACCUUGCCUCUCCAAAACAGAAACUACCCUCCCCAAAACUUGGUGUGAUCCAAAAACCGAUUUCUGUACCGCCAAAGAAAUCUUCCCCUUUUGUGUCUGCAUUCAAUACUAUGGCAAGUAAUAUCAAGUCUACAUCAGAUCUAGUGGCCAACAAUGCAGGUAAGAGGCAAAGAAUUGGCCCUAGUUGUGACAAAUGCCGCUCCAAGAAAAUUAAAUGUGACGCUAAGAUAGACAUUCUUUGCCAAGACGAAGCUGUCCUUCACAUGUUUGGUCAAAGCCUACACCAUGAGCUAACCAAGCAUGAGAUCGAAACCCAGCUAGGCCAAGAAGUGUACAGUCAAAGCAGCACAUUUGCUUACAUUUCUAAAGAUUUAAUGUCAAAGAUUGAAAGCAGGGAACCAGAUGCUAAGAUUAUCAAGCAUCUGGAUAAGAUAAUCUACUUCCAACCUUGUACUUCUUGUUCUAGAAAGAAAAAUACUGCAGUAUGUGCUUUCUCUAAAGGUUUUACUAGAGCCGACAUUAACAUCUUCUCUAAGAUUGGUUCGCGUGUUGCUCAAAAGCCAAUUUACGAAAUGACUUACAAGGAAUACAAGAAGGCAGGAUUCUAA